GGUAUCGAUUAUUUCGUAUUAACUAUGUCGAGCAUGGUUUUAUAUGCGGUAAUUACAACUUUAAAAUGUCUUUAUUUCCCUAUCAUAGUCAUUCUUUAAAUCCGUUCAAUUCUUUUUAAAGUGAAGACAGCUUUAAUCCUUAACAUCAGGAAUUGUCAGAUCUGGUUCGAAGUAGUUAUCUUGAGCUCAGCUAGGGCGAGGGCGCUCUAGUGAAUUAACGAAUCCUGGAGGUCUUAACAAAGGCAUCUAAAAAAUAUCCGUAACGUAAUACCAGCAUCAAACAACCGAAGGGAGCCAUCAUUACGGCACGGUCAUACCGGCGACUUGUCUCGAAUUGAGUUACUCGGCUUGCGCGUCGGAUGACUUGAAAGGGGUUGGCGUCGUAUAGAAAUUACAUUGAUUCUGGUAGAAUUAAUUUAACUCGGGUGGUCAGCUACGGACGAGUCCCUCCGCCCCGGCUUAUUGAACCCGUUACUGGGGAGCCGGAGGCACUUCGAUAAAAAGUGCCCGUUUGACAACAUAAAAUAUGCGGUCGUGACUCGGUUGAAAGGGGACAGGACAGGCACACACACCUUUUGUCGGUAUUCUGAAAACGCAAGCCGCACUGCAGCAUUGCUCGCUCAUAUAGCGAAUGUGUGGGCUGACAGGAAGAGAUUUAUGAUAUCAUGCUUUUUGUAAUACAACACAUACAGGUUGGCAAUAGAAAAGCCCAGUAGGGCAGAAUGAUGACUUGGCUUUCAAGUAGGCCAAGAAUUAGAUUGAACACACACAUACACGGGCCAUGCCCACACUGAGUCACGUUGCCUCUGAUCUUCAUUCUCUGUGGAUUUUUCAAAAAUAGACGAUUAAUCCAGUGAGAUGAGCAGCACUGAGUUGUCAAUCUCUCUCACUGCCUUUCAUCAGCGUCUGUAUUUGUGUGACCAAGGACAAAGGCUGAUUGAUUUCGGAUGAACACAAAGUUGUAAAUGAUUGACAUUUGCAGAUUUUCCAAGGUCCACGUUUGGAUACAUUCCCACCGAUAAGGGAAGUGUCGGUUAGGGGCGAAUAUGCGUUGCGACACUGACAGUUAAAAGAGAUGUGUUCCGUAAGCACAAGCAGGAAAUCUGUUUCAGGUGGUCGAGUCGGGCGUUUUCACGUCGCUCUUCCUGUGUGUCUUUUGUGCCUUGAAUGUGAAAAUGAAACCGCUUGGUCUUUUAACAAGCCUUACAUAGAAUAUUUUUUUCUUUUAUAUGUUCCAUUUUUGUGUGACUCAUAAAGCGCAGCAAAUGACUCAGGCAUAACAUAGGGACCAGUCCGAGCACCGAUCCUGUUUCACAGGUUCAGUUCUUGGAGAAUGUUGGAGUGACGAGAAAAGGAGGAAGUGGGAUCUCUGACGCUCUGCCUUCUUUGCUGGUGGAGCCCUUUUGCAUCUGACCAGUCUGAUCAAUGUGUCAUGGGUUGAAGACUGACAAUAAAAGCCGAAGUUCAGGGAACAAGACUUGGACUCUUGGACUUCUUGGAUACAAAACGAUCCUUUCGCUAGUCACUCAGGCAGACGUACAGAGGCUGUCUGCGAGUGAACAUUUGAAAGCUUGAGGGCUGAGGCAGUAUCUUCAUCAGGACCAUGGCAAGCCACGUUAAGGCCAAUCUCGAAUGUCCGGCCUGUUUGGAGAUCUUUAAAGAUCCUGUCAUGAUGCCGUGUACUCACAGCAUCUGCAAAGGCUGUCUCCAGAAAUGGCGGGAACAGAAAGGCAGUUACUCCUGUCCAGUCUGUAGAACAGAGUUUAAUUCCAUCGAUAUGCCUUUGAACUUGGCACUGAAGAACGUGUGUGAGGCUUUUUCACAAGCCUCAAUCGAGUUAAAGGACAUCUGCAGCUCGCACAAGGAGAAACUCAAACUCUUCUGUUUGGACCACCAGGAGCCUGUGUGCAUCAUCUGCAAAGAUUCAGAAAUCCACGCCAAUCACAAGUUCCGCCCCAUUGAUGAAGUUGCAGAAAGUAACAAAGUGAAACUCCAGGAAGUCCUGUUGGAUACAAAGAAAAGACUGAAAGAUUAUACCAAGGUAAGGGACAACUGCAAUAAAUUCUCAGACUACAUCAAGGUCCAGAGGGAGAAGGUGGAAAGCAAGAUUAAGAAGGAUUUUGAGGAGCUUCGUCACUUCUUGCAGGUUGAGGAGGAGGCCAGGUUGUCUGCUGUGAGGGACGAAGAGAGGAACAAGACUCAGAUGAUGAAGGAGGAAAUUAAGGCUCUCGACAUGCACAUAGUUGCUUUCUCAGACAUGAUCAGAACCGCAGAGGAGCAGCUGAUGUCUGACAACUUGUCCUUCAUGAAGAACUUCCAGACUUUGAUGACCAGAAUGCAGAAGCCUUCCAACAAGCCCGAGCAGCUCCUAUUGGGAUCUCUCCUGGAUGAAGCCAAACACGUGGGCAACCUCAAGUUCACUGCGUGGGAAAAAAUGAAGGAGAUUGUUUCCUACAGUCCCGUCAUUCUGGACCCUACCUCAGCCGGUGCAAAACUCAGUCUGUCUGAAGAUCUGACCAGCGUGAGUGCUGAUGCAGAACAGCAGCGUCCCCAAAAUCCAGGGAUGCUUUGGGAGGACGUUGUGUGCGGUUCUGCUUUGACCUCGGGGAUGAACGUUUGGGAUGUUGAGGUGGGAGACAACACUGACUGGCGGCUGGGGGUGGUGUGGGAAAAGUCCUUUGUCCUAUGGGGGUUCUGGAUCACAUUUCGAGAUGAUAAAUACACACUUUCUUCAAAACAAUCCGAAACGUGGUAUCCGUCAGUGAAACUGAAGAGGAUCCGAUUUCACAUCGACACUAACAAAAAAUCACUUUCAAUCACCGAAUCUCUAACAAGUACUUCAUUGCAUGAAGUAGAUAUUUCCAAGUGGGAUUUUUCAUCCGACAUGAAACGAGUCCCUUACUUUUUCACUAAGGAUAAAAAUCCUCUGAAAAUACUUCCAGUUCCGCAUUGUGUUACGAUUCAAAAUCAGUGAUGAUGUCAGAGAUCUUUUUUGUGACUGUCCAAUGUUUUCCUGUCAUUACGACGCGAGACUGGCGAAAUUAGAAUCUCCCACAUGAUGAUGCCUCCUUCUCCGUAGUGUUAACGUUGUGCCGGUGCAGAAGGUGGGGAAAAAUGUUUGAGACCUUGUUAGAUCAUUAACGAGCACCAUUUAUCAUUUGUAUUUGUUUGUUAAGACUAUUAGAAAGUGUGUGGCGAAAGCAAGCUGAAGAAUAUGAUGUGAUUACAUUGUCAAUGUUGCAACUGUUGGCUCACGAGUUUACCAUUUGUCAUUUUGUAAUUAAAAGGGGGAAGCAUGACUCAACUAAAUGCUCCAUACUUUGUAUUUUAUAUAUAUAAAACAAGAUGGUAAAUAGUUAUGUGUUUAUUUUUGGGGAUGACAGAGCAAGUAAUUAUUAAUUAAAGCACAGCAUCUCAAACUCGAAACUGAAAGAAUGACAAAGAUAAAUAAAGAUUAGUUUUAUUGCUGGAUCACCAAGAUAGAGGUUCCGUCAUAAAACUUUAUAACAGC